UUUGUAAUGUCCCGUAAAUGGCGACUACGAGGAUUGUAUCCCUCAAAGCCCUCGUACACGGAGUUUCAGCAUGGUCACCACACUCGCAACUCCUCCUCCGUUCUCGUACUCUUACCUCCGCCGUGCGAGCUUAUUCCUCCGCCACAUCGCCGCCUUCUAAGGCUGUUGUCUACGAUCAACACGGCUCUCCUGAUAUUGUCACUCGAGUAACGGAGCUUCCACCGGUGGAAAUUAAAGAGAAUGAUGUGUGUGUUAGAAUGCUUGCGGCUCCGAUCAAUCCUUCUGAUAUUAAUAGAAUUGAAGGAGUUUAUCCUGUCCGACCACCAAUGCCUGCAGUUGGGGGAUAUGAAGGGGUUGGAGAAGUGCAUGCUGUUGGCUCUGCAGUUAAGGGUCUUUCCACUGGAGAUUGGGUUAUCCCUUCCCCACCUUCUUCAGGGACAUGGCAGACCUAUGUCGUAAAAGAACAAACUGUCUGGCAUAAAAUUGAUAAAAGCACCCCGAUGGAGUAUGCUGCGACUGUUACUGUUAAUCCUUUGACUGCCUUGAGAAUGCUUGAGGACUUUGUGACACUAAAACCAGGGGACACUAUUGUACAAAAUGGUGCUACAAGCAUGGUGGGGCAAUGUGUUAUUCAACUAGCUCGACUUCGUGGGAUUCAUAGCGUCAAUAUCAUUAGAGACAGGGCAGGAUCAGAUGAGGCAAAAGAAAAUCUCAAGAAACUAGGUGCUGAUGAAGUGUAUACUGAAAGCCAACUGGAAGUGAAGAAUGUCAGAGGUCUCCUGGGCAAUAUAUCUGAACCUGCUUUGGGCUUUAACUGUGUUGGUGGCAAUGCCGCUUCACUAGUCCUCAAAUUCCUGAAGCAGGGUGGAACUAUGGUUACAUAUGGGGGGAUGUCAAAGAGACCUAUAACUGUAUCUACUUCAUCUUUUAUAUUCAAGGAGCUUGCCUUGACAGGAUUCUGGCUACAGAGGUGGAUGAGUUCAGACAAAGCUGAAGAGUGCCGAUCCAUGAUAAAUUAUCUUUUGGGCCUAUGUCGUGAUGGGAAAUUGAAAUAUGAGUUGGAAGUGGCACCUUUUGAUGAUUUUCAUUCAGCUCUUGAAAAGGCUAUGGGGAAGCGAGGAAGUCAACCAAAACAAGUUCUUAAGUUCUAAGUCAUGUGCAUUUAGAUUCGAUCUAAAACUAGCUUGAAUAUGAACAAUUCUUUAUUUUGAACCUCUGCAGUCCUAAGGCAUACCUGUAAACACCCAUGUAAUCGGUGUUGAGGUCUGUACGCUGUAGUCCAGAUCACAAAAAUGUUAAAGGCUUGGAAAUUCAUGUGAUAGUUAAGGAGUCUUCCUAUAGGCAGAAAUAGUUUUAGCUUUGUUACAGCAAACCUCUUUGUAAAAUAAAGCCAGCUAAUGUAUGCAAUCAUUUGAGCUACUAGAAAAGGAUGCAAA